GAAACAGCCUUAAACAUUGCCUUUUCUUGUAAGCUUAUUUCAUUUGACCAGCAACUCAUUACAAUCAAUGCAAAAUCCCAGGAUGUUGUUGAAAGUCUCAUCAAAACAUUACUCAAAGAUUUGACGAGUCAUGGUCCUUUUCAAGAUGGCUGUUCCUCAACUCAUGGUGCCACAUCGGAAACACACAAAACAAAAGCCAAGUCCAAACAUAAACCUUCAGCAGAUGUAGCCCUGGUGAUAGAUGGAAAGUCUCUCAGUUAUGCUAUGCACAAGAGUAUAGUGAAAGAGUUUUUGAAACUCUCUAGUCUAUGUAGCUCUGUACUCAUAUGUAGGGCUACUCCAGGGCAAAAGGCCCAAGUGGUGAGAGUUGUAAGGGAUCAGUUGAACAUGUUGACACUUGCCAUAGGAGAUGGCGCCAAUGAUGUCUCCAUGAUCCAGACAGCCAAUAUCGGGAUUGGAAUCUCAGGACAGGAGGGAAAGCAAGCUGUCAUGGCGUCAGACUUCGCCAUGGCCAAGUUUCGCUUCCUUGAGCGCCUUCUUCUAGUCCAUGGUCACUGGUGCUAUGACCGACUUGCCCGGAUAACUUUACAUAUGUUUUAUAAAAGCACUGUGCUGAUCUUCUUAUUGUUCUGGUACCAGAUGUUCAAUGGAUUCUCAGGGUCUGUCUUGAUAGAUCAGUACGUACUGAUGCUUUUCAAUGUGGCUUUCACUGCACCACCGCCAUUUGUCAUUGGAAUAUUUGACAGGGACCUGCCAGCUGCCACUCUGCUAGCCAAGCCCAGGUUGUAUAAACAAGGACCUCGUGGUCAAAUGUACAAGCCUUAUUCCUUCUUUAUUCAAAUAUCUGAUGCAGUCUACCAGAGUCUGGCCAUGUUUUUUGUGCCUUACAUGGCCUACCAUGGAAGCAGUGUUGGGAUCUGGGAGUUUGGCUCCACUGUUGCCACCGCUUCU